GAGAGAGAGAGAGAGAGAGAGAGAGAGAGAGAGAGAGAGAGAGAGAGAGAGAGAGACUGGGGGACUGGUAGUAAGUGCAAUAGGGUCGAGAAAAAAAGAGAAGAGAUGAUGACUUAAAGGGAUAGAAAGAAAAGAAGGUGACUGAAAAAGAGACCAGACAGAGCGAAGAAAGGAAGAGAAAGAGAGAGAGCGACAGAACCCGGCCGUCUGGAUUGUCCUUCAGCUGUCCGGAAUGAGAGGGCGCCGUUCCGUCUUGCCAUCGCCGUGCCGCGUACCAGUGCCAGCUUACACAUCUCAAAGCGGUGUCGACCUCUCCGCUGCAUCAGCUGCUAUCAGCCCAACCGACUGACCGCCCGGUCCAUCUGAAUGAGUCUGUAGGAGCGACCAUGGAGGUCUGGGGGCUGCUGUCAUUCCUUCUCCUGCUCGCUGUGCAGAUCCCGCCCUGCCGACCACUGCAAGACCUGGCUUGCGUCACUGACUACAUCAAAAACAUAAGCUGCACUUGGAACAGUUCAGGACAACGUCCAGAAGAACGCUGCAUUCUCCAAGACAAACGUGAACAUGGGAAGAGCUGUGAACUAACCCCUGUGGAGGGUCAAAACCCCACCUUCAGGACCUGCCAGCUUGUUUUUAAUCAGGUAUAUGGUUUUUUCUACAAAGUGACAAUUCAAGUUGCAUGUGGGGACUCUGUGGUCACCAGUUUGACGGACUACCGGCCAGCACUGAAUGUAAAAAUGCACCCCCCUGGUAAACCCGUCAUCACUUACUCUACAAGUCAUCUCAAUGUCUCCUGGAGUCACAGCAUUCACCAUGCAAAAAUGAUCUCCAGCUAUUAUUUUCAACUGCAGUUCAAACAGUCAGAGCAGCUGUGGCAGAAUGUGGUGUCAACAAACCUCACGGCCAAACAGAUGUCAGUAGAGCUGCAUGAGGACCAGUUUGAGACGGGACUGAGGUAUCAGGCCAGGGUUCGCGUCAAGCCCUCAGAGUCUCUGGAACUCAAAGGGGUGUGGAGCUGCUGGAGUCCCACUGCUUCCUGGAAGCCCCGUGAAAGAAUCCCCUCAGAGAAGUCCACGUCUGGCCCAGGUCCAGGGCCAGAGCUGCAGGUGACUGUGGGGCUGGUAGCUGCCGCUGUUGUCCUUCUGGUCCUGAUCGGCUGCAAAUACCACAGAGCUGGCUGGGUUCACAAGCUGAAACUGCCCCAUGUGCCAACCCCCUCCACCUACUUCCUAUCGCUAAAUUCUGUCCAUGGAGGGAAUUUCCAGACGUGGCUGAGGCCCACGUUCGCCCCGGAGUCCUUCGACGUCCCUCGGGGCUUCGAGGACGUCUCCGCCGUGGAGGUGUCCAAAGCCGAGGACGUCACCGCCCUGCUCCACCCGAGCCACCCGGCCGACCCCUGGGACGACAGCGCCGGCUCCGCCUGCUUCUCCAACAUGGGCUACUUCUACUCCGGUUACUCGGGCUCCUGCCAGAUCGAGGUCUGCCCGGUGUACUUCAGCUCCGCGUCCGCGGAGCGCGCCGGGGGACGGGGGGCCGGGGAAGGGGGCGCGCCCUGUCCGGCCGGCUCCUCCUACGAGCAGCUCGGCGAUCUUCCGGGCGAGGCCGGACGUCCGGACCCGGGCAGCAGGGAGUGGAGUGAGGAGGAUGAUGAUGAGGAUGAGGAGGAGGAGGAGGAGGAAGAAGAGGGUGGAACUGAGGAAGGCUUAAAGGAAAUGAAUGGUCUUCCCCCUCUGACCGCCCUUCCCUUUUCAGUGCCUCGUCCUGUGACCCCCUCUCACUUCCCUCCGCCCCCUCUCCUUCCCAGCAUCCCUCUGCCUCCCCUCCCUUCUUGUGAUUUUGACUCAGACACAGCCCCCGGUAGCAGUAACGCCUCAGGGCCACUGGAGGGAGCCCUUGGUAGAUCCUCCUCAGAGAGAAUAGAGCCCUCUAGUGGCGGGUACAUGUCAGUGGUGGAAAUGCUGAACACCUACUGCAAUAAGUCUAUUUGAGUAAACUUUUGACAAUGAAAAUGUCAAAAGUCUCAGGUCUCAAAAAUACAGAUAUAGGGUAGUUUUUUUUAGAAUGAAAGUAGUUUCCCAGGGUCAUUGAUCAGUUGUACAUUAUUAUCAGUCGUCUAUCGAAAGGUUGUUACAAAGAAUGUUAAUGAGCAGUAUUUUUUAAUGUUUUUUUAAUAUACAAGCUUUGUUAUGUUGUUCAAGCAUUACUAUUCUCAGAUUCUUCAUCAUGGCCUUUUCUGUAACAGUAGCAUUUAAUAACUGCAAUAUUUUAACAUAGCUGCACUAAUGUUUUUGUAAUUCUUUCAGCUUUGGAUACUUGUGUUAAAUCUCCAUAAAUAGGAGAUGCUAAUGGGAGGAUGUUCUAUUUUCACAUUGAGUUGAAUUUUGUCUUGAAGUAAGUUUUUCUACAUUUGUAAUUAUGUGUAAUUAAGUGUGCUGCUAAUAACAGACUUACUCUCUGACAGUCUGUUUGAAUGAAAAGGUACCUUCAAUGUGUCAAUAUUCUAUUCAUUUUAUUACAGUUUUUUACAAUCGUUUUCA